AUGGAGAAUUGGUCGAAAACAAUUCAAAUAUCAGCGAUCGUGUUGGGCUUGGCAUUAGUUGCAAUAUCUUCAAUAACACUUGCUGUAACUCUGGGAGGAGACACAAACGAUAACUUUUUAAAUGAUAGAAUUGUGAAAUUAGCAAUCCGUGAGUUCCUAUAAUUUUUUAAAGAAAUGUUAGUUUCUAAAAAUAUUUCAGCUGAACUCGCAUCAUCGAUAAAUAAAAAUCUGGAUAUUGAAAAUAUAAUUCAACAUGCUAGAAAUAUAACAAAACAUGUUCAUAUUGCUGGAACUCCGAAUAAUCUGAGAGUAGCUGAAUAUAUACGUGAUCAAAUGAUAUCACAAGGAUUGAAAAAUGUUCAUUUCAAUGAAUAUGAAGUGCUUCUAAACUAUCCAAAUUUCAAAGAACCAAACAAAUUGGAAAUAUUAGACUCAAAUGGGGAUGUUGUUUAUGAGACAAGCGGUUUGAGUGAACCAUUGAUCAAAUCUGAACAAAAUGAAAUUGAAGGUAAAAUACAAUGGCUAGCCUAUUCAGCUCCAGGUGAAGCAUCUGGAGAUGUUGUAUAUGUUAACAAAGCUACACAUCAGGAUUAUGACAUUUUAAAAAAUUCUGGAAUCAAUGUUACUGGCAAAAUUCAUAUUGCUCGACAUGGUACGGCUUUCCGAGGAAAUAUUGCCAGAAAUGCGGAAAAAAAUGGAGCCAUUGGCCUGAUUAUCUAUUCAGAUCCCGCAAUUGUUGCAUCACUUGGAACACAAAAAGCAAACGUGUUCCCAAAUACAAAUAAAAUGCCAGGAAGUGAUGUUGAACGGGGUGGGUUAUAUAUCGGAUUAGGAGACCCACAAACUCCAGAUCUGCCUUCUAUCAAAAAUUUGUAUCGUAGCAAGAGUAUUCAAGAGGUGAGAUAAUUGAAUAUCGGCUUCAUUUCUCAGAAUGAGACUAUUAUAAAAAUGUUCCAGCUCGGUGAAGAUCAUAUUAUUCCUAACAUCCCUGUAAUCCCUCUUCCAUAUGAACAUAUCGCAAAUAUUUUUGAAAAAAUGAAUGGCGAUCAACCAGUUGAUUCAACAUUUGUCGGAAAACUGAAUGCAACAUAUAAAUAUGGUCCGGGUUUGAAAAACAAGGAAAAAGUUCGAAUUAAUGUGAAAUCAGAAUUUUCGAAAAGGUAAGCCUCAUAUAUUCAGAAAGAAAAACUAAUAACUAUUUAGGAAAAUUCAAAAUGUUUUCGGGUUUAUUGAAGGAGAAGUUGAAAAAGAUAGAUAUGUUAUUGUUUCCAAUCAUUAUGAUGCUUGGACUUAUGGAGCAAUUGAUCCAAAUUCAGGGACUUCAACAUUGUUAGAUGUUUCCAAAUCUUUUAAACAGUAUCAGAAUUCAACAGGUUGGAAACCAUUUAGAAGUAUAUUAUUUGCACAUUGGGAUGCGGAAGAAUUUGGAUUGAUAGGAUCAAGUGAAUUUACACAAGAAUAUCGAGUUCAACUAAUGAGAAGAGCUGUAGGAGUUAUCAAUAUGGAUAUUAUUGGAGGAAAUAAAACACUGUAAUAUUCAAUUAAGAACACGAACUACUAAAAAUUAUCUCUGAUAUUUCAGAAACGUCUUUGCAAAUCCAUCAAUCGUGAACGUUAUCAGAAAUGCGGCAAAACGAGUUGAACAUCCUUUAAAAUCAGAGCAUAUAGGAGGAUCCAAAAAUAUUUAUAAUGUUUGGAGAAGGACCAAACCAUCGAAAAAUCCAUUAUUGAUUGAUCCUGAAUAUAUGAGACCAGCUGGUGGUUCAGAUCAUGCCCCAUUUUAUGAUUAUUUAGGUGUUCCGAUUAUCACAUUUAUCACAUCAGAUGAAUCUAUGUUGACUUAUCCUUUGUAUCAUACAAUAUAUGAAACAAAGUUUCUUGCUGAAAACAUCCAAGAUCGGGAUAGUUAUAAAACUCAUAAAGCGAUUGGUGAAUUAUUCAUCGAUAUGACUGUUCAACUUUCAGAGAAUGAAAUACUCCCUUAUGAGUGAGCCACACUUUUCUUAACAAAUACACAUAUUUAUUUAUUUUCAGUAUUCACGAGCUCGUCUCUGAAAUUUAUUCAGACGACAUUCCAAGUAUUUUCACUGCGCUACAAGAAAAUCAAUCGAAUCUCGAUAAAAAUUAUAAUAUUCCUUCAGAACAAGCAGUAUUUUUGAAUUCAACAGCUUUCGAUCUUCUGAAUUUCAUAGAAUCCAGAAAAAACAAUGAAUAUUCAACUGUUUUUGAUAAAAUCACAGAAAAUAAUCAUUUGAUAGAGUAUGUCAUUAAAAAACUUAGAGAUUCUAUAAAAUGAUUUCAGAUUCGAAAAAUGUUUCAUUCUCCCACAAGGCCAAAAUGGUAACCUCAAUGCAAGACAUCUUUUAUAUCACCCCAAUUCUGAGAACUGGUAUCAUAAUAAAGGAUUACAACAAAUAUUUGCAACAGUGAGUUGAAUUUUUGAACAGAUUCUUUAACAACAAAUAAAAUAUACUUCAGAUUACUCAAAUUAAAAAAUCGACAAACAAUAUAGAAAAAUUGGCACAUGAAUUGGCUCAGGAAAUAGCGCAAAUAACAAACGCGUUAAUAUGUGCCAAACAUUCUUUAAAUUAUUUGUAUGACUAA